AUGGAGACGCAAUCUACUCAGCAAGCUACCCAACAAGCUACUCAGCAAGCCACUCAACAAGACGAACCAGAACUCGACGAGGUCGAGGUCGCUGAUGUCGUCUGCAUUCUCCACCCAUGCUCGCUUGCUGCCUAUCAAGUUGUCGUCAAUACUGCACUAAGGGCUCCUCAACACGUACUGCAGAAUGUGACCCCUAGCACCUACAGUGACGGCCUAAGCAUGGCAGAUCUUGAANAAGAAGAGACAUUUCCAGCUCCUGGAGAAGACCAGAGACAUCCUCUAGAUCUCGCUCUGCGUAUGUCUGCCAAAGUGCACAACCCCGCCAUGGGCUUCGUCUUUGGUCGCAACCCCAAUGCUUGCGACGUUGUCAUUGAUACCGAUACUGUCAAAAGAGUCAGUAACAUGCAUUUUAGGAUUUACAUGACUGACGCUGGCGUCUGUAUGCUACACGACAUGUCCACCAACGGCACCAUAGUUGAUGGCAAGCUUUUGAGAGGCAGGGGCAGUAACAACGCCGCUACCAUGAUGCUUACCGCAGGCUCUGUCAUCCAGAUCCUGUCGACGAAAAGAGACGAGAGCCUGAAGUUCAUUUUUCGCAUUCCUUCACGAGACAACCACUACGAAGAGUAUGGCAGAAGAUUUGCCGCCUACUUGCAUCAUGUUAAUCUUGCAAAAGAAAAACAACCACAAAACGGCCAGACUCAGGUUGCGCGACCUGGCACCAAAGGCCAGUCAAAGGCCACGCCCAGUGUGAAGCCUAUUCUGCUGCAAGGAAACCCCUUCGGCAUGCAUUGGAGCGGUGGUGACAAGUACAACGUUACUGGCCAUCUUGGAAAGGGCGCUUUCGCCACCGUGUAUCGGCUUAACAGCAAAAGCAAUGGCCAGAUGUUCGCAGCAAAAGAGCUGGAGAAGAGGAGGUUUAUGAAGAAUGGUGUUAUUGACAAANAGCUCGACAACGAGUUGCGGAUCAUGAAGGGCAUCAGUCAUCCGCACGUUGUGCAAUACAUUGACUGCCACGAUGUCAAGAACCAUCUGUACAUCAUCAUGGAGUUGGUGCCUUUUGGUGAUUUGCAGCAAUGGCUUGGGACGAACGGUCCCUUACCUGAGGCUCUUGCCAAACCAAUGGCUAUCCAAGUCUUCGAUGCGCUGGCGUACUUACAUCGUAACAUGAUCACUCAUCGCGACAUAAAGCCAGACAAUAUCCUCAUUGCCGACACCAACCCUCAAUCUUUCAAAGUCAAGCUUUCUGACUUUGGACUCUCCAAGGUCAUCUCCGACAACGAGACCUUCCUCAAAACCUUCUGUGGCACGUUGCUCUACUGUGCGCCAGAAGUCUUCCCUCAUUAUGAUGCCCACUUCAAUGUUCAAGGACGCAAGCGCGACCGCAAAGGCGCUUCGCAACAACGAGGAAAAUACCACUCCUACAGUUCGUCUGUCGACAUAUGGUCAUUUGGAGGAGUACUGUGGUAUGCCAUGAGUACGAAGCCACCGUUUGAAGGCAUUGCAGACAACACUGGCAGAGCCAUGUUCGAACGAAUUGUCAGCACCAGUCUCGACACGACCGUUCUUGAAAAGCACCACGUCUCCGAUUACGCUAUAGAUUUGUUAGAAGACAUGCUUAACACUGAUCCUGCUGUUAGACCGUCCGCAUUGCAAUGUCUCUCAUACCCUUGGCUAGGUGGAGACGCGAGUCAGAUCGAGGACGAGCCCCAAUCAGGCCUCCUGACGAUUGAAGAAGAGGAGACAGAGGCAGGUGCAGCUCACGAUCUGUCCCAAUUGAGCAUCCACGGAAGGUGGAGCACGACGAAAGGGGCUGGCGUAGAUUCUGGCGACUCGGAUAUGUUAGAUCCUCGACAGUCAAAACGGUUCAAGAGUGGACAAAUCGUCUCUCAAGCGAAUGCGCCCUCACCACAACCAAGUCAAAUCGCGCGCCCGUCGAACACUGCCGAGAAACCUGGCAUCGAGCAGCUUGCGGUGAACCAGCAACCUCCACGUCUCUUCGGCGAGGUCGAACCUUCGUUAGUAAGAAGUUCAGGUGUGUUCGGCACUCAGCUUCAGAAACCCAUUUUCGCACCACUACCAGGACAGUCUGAUUCAAGUCUGCCAAAGGCUCAAAAUGUGCAAAAUGAGUUGUUCACAUCUGCUGCCAGUCACCAACCAGAAGAUCAACUCGAGGGUGUCAGGAGGAGAGCAUCAUCUGAGAGCGAUUCACAUGCCUCUCACAACUUCGCGAGUCUCGUGGGGGCUGAGUCAGAUUUGCGAGACCUUAAUAUGCACUCCUCGCAAUCUGCGUUCUCGGCCACUGCUGAUGAGAGCGAACCUACCACUCCCACCACGCCAAAUGAUCCACCUCAAGCGUCUGCAGGCCAGACUGGUGGGAGUAUGGAAGAAACGCCUCGUCCAGCUCAACCGACUGAGAGAAAACUAUCUUUCAAUCGACAGAUCAGCCUCCCCCUCUCUGCAUCAUCCUUCUAUGACCCUUCAGAUCCUAGCACGCAUUCUCUCGAGUAUGCCUCCUCUGUCAGCGGCCAUGAUUUUACCAAUCCCACUCUUCUCCCUGGAGCGAGUUUCCAUUCACUCCCACCAACGACUGCCAAUUCCGGGGUUGGUUUUGAAUUCGAUCGGCCACUGCAUACAGUUGCACAGACACAGCCUGAAUUCAUUCGUCCUGCACCCCGUUUGGGUCGUCUGACAACAACCUCCGACUCAUUCUGCGCCGUGACGAUCGAUCUCGCCUCUCGCAUCACGACAUGGGGUCGGAGCCCUCUGAACACUGUCAUCUUUCCAGAUCCGUUAGACACCCGUGUACCCAAGCGCGGCAUCAUGAUCUAUUUCCAUGCCAAAGGCAUCGAAAAGCUGGAGAGAACCGGUGGUGACUGGACGAAACUGCCCGACCUGCAUUGCUUGAUCGCCACGGACAGUAGCAAUGGAGUUUUCGUCAACAACGUCAAGCUCAACGCCAAGGACGCAAAGGGCAAGCAGCUCUACGGCAGAGUACAUACUGGUGAUGAAGUGACGGUCUGUCAAGGACACACCAAAGCAAACUUGUUGAAGUUUACUUGCAUCUUCAACCAUGGCGAGGCAAAGGAACGACGACCAUCCGAUGCACCAGGAUUUGAGAUUGAGAAGAUGGGACACGAAUAA